UCUCCGAACUCUAUUUAUUUGACACUGAAAUCAAGCUUUUUCAUUUAGUUCUCUUGGGUUAGUCGACGUAGAAGUUGGUAAAGAGAAUGUCGGGGAACACCGAUAAGAUUCAGUUAAACGAUGACGCAUUGGCGCCACCUGACUGGCUGAACUCAGGGUUUAUGGCGAGUGUUCUGGGAUCCUAUGAGAAGGAACCCGUGACCAAGGUUAUCGACUUGACUUUCUCCCCAGCGACUGCGAAGGGAGAUAACUAUGCGAGUACAAUGUAUCGAGCCAGGGUGGAGUAUUCCAACCAGAGAGGAACCUUCUCCAAGUCGCUAAUCAUCAAAACGGUAUCGGAAAUCUUUGCCGGCUCUAAUCUGUUUAAAACUGAGAUAGGCAUGUACACUAAAGUCCUGCCAGAGUUCGAGAGAAUUCUUCGAGAAAAGGGUGAUGCAUCUAAACUUUAUGCGGAUUGCAUAUACGACAGCCUCGAGCCACAUCAGGUGAUAAUUUUUGAAGACCUGGCGGAUAUGGGUUAUGCAAUGGUUCGCGAUCGAAAGCUUACUCACGAGGAGAUUCGAAGUGCCUACUUAAAGUUGGCAAAGAUCCACGCGGUCAGCAUGAAGAUUAUUAAUGAGCGUCCCGAGUUCCUAAAAGAGUUCAAGGACGGAAUAUGUCUUGUCGACAUUCCCUAUAUGAGUUCAGGAAUGGUUCCCUUUACGGAGUUUUUAGGCCGUGUUCCUGAACUGAAAAAAUACCAGCCACACUUUAAGAAGCUAGGACUUUCCUUUAUAGACAGACUGCGUAGUACUAUAAAUGAGUACCAGAAUAAUUCCCAGCCAGGUUACUAUGUUCUCUGCCACGGGGAUUACCACACCCGAAAUGUGAUGUUCAAACACAAUAAGCAAACAAAAUGCCUCGAGGACUGUCUUCUGGUGGACUAUCAGGGGUGCUAUGUUGCUCCUCUGGCCGUGGACCUGAUGUAUUCCAUCUAUAUGUUGAUGGGUUCAGAGCUGCGAACAGGGGAGUUGGAAACGUUACUGAAUUACUAUUUCUCAGUCCUCCUGGAAACCCUAACAAAGAUUGGAUUUGAAGGAGAAAUGCCAACACCUCUUUCGUUCUGGGCGGAAAUGAAAAGACUAAGGGAUUACGAGUUUCUAUUUUUGAGCACCUAUUUGCCAAUGUCAAUGGGUCUUAAUCUUGGAACCGUUUCUGAAGAUACUGACAACAACGGAGAAACUGGCCAAAAACUAAAAGAGUUUAUUAAAGAAACCGAAAUAAUGCUCGCCCGAUUCGAAAGAUCAGGUUAUUUCGAGGAUCUGUAAGAGUAAAUUUGUAUUACCAACCCAGAGUAGGCAAUAUAAAUAGAAAAUAAUAGAUCUCUCUUUGUUGUUAAACUUUUUUUGUGUAUCUGCGGAAAUAAACCAA